AUGAACCUGAAUCUGCAGGUUUGCGACGAUGGGCAUCUCCAAGCUGGCCUUGCUAUUCCAGCUAAGCAACGUGGUGUGGUCUUAUGCUUAAGGCAGGCUGUAGUUCGGCUGGCUUCUGUGGGCACCAAUGUCAGUCGCCUUUGCACACGGAUCCAUCUUGGAUACGCGGCAAUUCUCUAUGGGGAUGUGGAAACGAUGGCCAGUUUGCCCAUGGUAGUGACUGGACCGGGCGCUCUGAGAGAAUGGGGCCCGGUGGCCCUCCGGGGGCUUGCCAACGACGAAAUUAAAGAGGCGAGACUUUUCAGUGUUAAGCGAGCGGGACGGAGAUUCGAGGCUCAAGAAUACGUAAACAAACAAGGUCAACCUGGGCCCCGCACCGGAAAACAGGGUUCCUACAGUAGUGGGAUCAGGGCAGCCACGGGUGUUCACCAAUUGGCGAAACAUUACUUUACGGCAAACAGCCAUGUCAGCACUCAACAAGCGUCUAGGAAUCCCCGACGGGAUGAACUCCAUUUCCCACUACCAAUCGCUGUGGCUGACAGCGGGGGCCUGACAGGGAUGCGCGAUAGUGUCAAGGGAGCAUCGGGAAUUACUCCAAUACCGACUAAGCGGGGUGUCAGGACGGAGCAGGCGAUCAUCACGUCUGACAGGAGGGAAAGACAGCGCACACAUGUAAACGCAAGAGGGGGGCCACACGGCAUCUCCGCUGGAAGGUAUGCUGGUGGCGGAAUUUCGGGGGAAUUGAAUGGAGUCAUGUCAGUCGCUUCACUAGCAUCGGGUCUGUUGCCAGUAGCCGCCGUUGGGAUUACGGGCCAUUUCAAUGGACCUCUCCAGACCCAAAGAUAUGGUUAUAUCACAAUGGUCAUGGUGUCGUUGGCUCAUUACGGCCUCGAAAAUUAA